AUGACACAUCUGCUGCCCCCGCCGAUGCUGCGGCUGUUUUUGCCGCGGCCCCCGUUUGAGCACUUUCGAAGCGGUGUUGAAGACUGGGAUCCACAUGCGCCGCCCAGGCGUGCGCGCGACGCACGGAACCGCAGCGCACAGCCUCUCGAAGGUGUUGCAGCCUUCUUGGAACGCGCGCGCCGCGACCUGGUCGACAAGGGCGAGGCGACGGAAGACGCUGAUGGCGCGCCAUAUACGCAUGCGAUCGUUACACAGACGGAGAUGCGGCGCGAUGCGCGCAUGCAAAAGCGCGUUGCGACGCAAAAACGAAUGCUUGCAGAAUACAACCCCAAAAACGAUACCCAUGCUGUGGGCGACCCAUUUAAAACGCUAUUUAUAUCUCGUCUACCGUACCAUACCACCGAGACAGACUUGCGCCGCGAGUUCGAUCGGUACGGCCCGAUCGCGCAUAUUUCAAUCGUGCACGAUCGCGAUGGGAAGAGCCGUGGAUAUGCCUUUAUUCUUUUUGAGCGCGAGCGCGAUAUGCGCACGGCGUACUCGCGUGCAGAGGGACUUCGACUGGAUGAUCGCAGGAUCAUGGUCGAUGUCGAGCGUGGGCGCACAGUAAAGGAUUGGAAACCAAAACGCCUCGGUGGCGGUCUCGGUGGCGGCUCGCGCAGGUCCAAGACUGGGCCCACCGCGGACACAUCUGGGCACGGUAUGCGCGGUGGGCGCGGCGGCAGCUUUGGCGGCGCGCGCGGCAGCUUCCGUGGCGGCGGCAGCAGCUUCCGUGGCCGUGGCGGCGGCAGUGGCGGUUUCCGCGGUGGCGCCAGCGGUGGAUUCAGCCGCGAUCAUGACGCUCCGCACAACCGCCCAAGCAUGCGCGAUCGCGACGGCGGCUACCGACCACGCGAUAGCUACCGCGACCGCGAUGCCGCCUAUGAGCGGCGCUACAAAGAUCACGAUAAUCCUGCUGGUUGGGACGCGGCGCCUAGUGGCUACGCCCGCGCAUCUACGUACGUCAUAUGCGCGCCUAACCCCAGCACACUCGACGAGCGAACGCCCAAACGACCGCGCUUCUAA